AUGCAGAAUGAGUACUAUGAAGAUGGAGAUUUGAUCAUUGGUGGUAUCAUGUCUAAUUUCCUUGCAGAAAUUAGACCAAAUAGCUUUGAACAGGCUCCUUCUCCCUAUCUAGUUGAUGCUUGGCUAUUUCCAAAAUCGUUCCAGUUCAUCCUGGCAUUCUUGUUUACAAUACAAGAGAUCAAUAAGGAUCGCAGACUCUUGCCUAACUUCACCCUUGGAAUCCACCUCUGUCAAGAUUUUUUAUAUGCAAAUAACAUUUAUUUGAGCACUAUAAGAUUAACAUCAGGUCAACGUAAGAUGAUUCCUAACUACAACUGCAGGAGAAGGCCACUUAUGGCUGUAACUGGAGGUCGUAGAUCUGAUUUAUCCAUCAAUAUAGCAGAUUUCCUAGGGAUAUACAAGAUCCCACAGAUUAGCUAUGGCUCGUCUGACUCCAUCCUGAGCGACAAAUCUCAGUUUCCUUUCUUCUAUCGAACAGUUCCAAGUGAAUCAUUGCAGUUCAUUGGAGUGAGCCAUUUAUUUGCACAUUUUGGUUGGAAAUGGGUCAGCUUAAUCAGUUCAGAUAACACCAAUGGCAGGAACUUUCUUCAAACAAUUACCCACGAAAUGAGUAAAAUCUGUUAUUGUAUUGAGUUUGUAGCUCUUUUGCCUGUUCUUGUUCAAUUAGACCCAGAAUCGAUCAAUGGCUUAGGUAUGAAGCUUUUGAAGCUGACAUCCAAAGUAAUGCUUGUUCAUGGAGAGACUGACCAACUAAUUCAGCUACAUGCUAUUCUCCAAGAAUACCAGAUUAGUGGCAAAGUAUGGAUCAUCACAGCCAUGUGGGACUUCACUUCUCAUUUUUCCAGAAAACCCUGGAAUUUGACAGCGUUUCAAGGUGCUCUCUCUUUUGCAGAGCACAAACAUGAGAUUCCAGGGUUCCAGGAUUUCCUCAAAAGGCUUAAUCCCAACAAGUAUACAAAAGAGUUGUAUCUGAAACCCUUUUGGGCCCAGGUAUUCAAAUGUUCAUGGCAGGAUUACAUAUUGGAUGAAGCCUGGAAUAACUGUACAGGGAAUGAGAAACUGGAAGAUCUUAACACUGAUCUCUUUGACAUGAACACAUCCAGGCAUAGCUACAGUAUUUCCAAUGCUAUUUAUGCAAUAGCACAUGUCUUGCAUGAAUUGUACCAUUUCCAGUCAACAAAGAGAAAAGCUGCUAGAGUGGAGCUCUGUGAUAUUCAUGCAUGGCAGCUACAUUCCCUCUUGAGGAAAGUCCGAUUUAAUAACACUGCUGGUGAGGAAGUAUCUUUUGACGGGAAUGGUGAUUUGCAUGGUGGAUAUGACAUUUUGAACUGGGCUGUUUUGCCAAAUAAUACCCCACUCCCUACCCAGGUUGGAUGUCUUAAAGCUCAGAUUUCUGGGAGCCAAGCCAUUGUCAUCAAAGAUGAAGCUAUUGUGUGGAACACCAGAUUUAAUCAGAUACCCACAUCUGUGUGCAGUGAAAGUUGCCAUCCUGGCUUUAGAAGAAUGGUUCCAGUUGGGAAGUUAUCUUGUUGCUUUGAUUGUGUCCAGUGCAUGGAAGGAGCAAUCUCUAGCCAGAAGGUCGAUAUGGAUUAUUGUGAGGAAUGUCCACAAGAACAAUACCCAAAUGACCAGCGAGACAAAUGUAUUCCAAAGGUCAUUUUGUUCCUGUCAUACGAAGAGCCUUUGGGAAUCAUCAUGGCAUCCUCUGCAGGUUUUCUUUCCCUCAUCACAGUUGUGGUUCUAGGAAUCUUCAUUGAACACAGGAACACACCAAUUGUGAAAGCCAACAAUCGUGACCUAACUUUCCUUCUUCUCUUCUCCCUUCUGCUCUGCUUCCUUUGCUCCUUGCUAUUCAUUGAGAAGCCAAGGAAAAUGACAUGCCUUCUCCGACAAACCUCGUUUGGCAUCAUUUUCACAGUUGCAGUUUCUUCACUCCUGGCAAAAACCAUCACUGUGGUCUUGGCCUUUCUGGCCAGAAAUCCAGGAAAUAGAAUCCAUAAAUGGAUAGGAAAAAGACUGACAAUGUCUUUGGUUAUCUUCUGCUCCCUCAUUCAAGUGGGCAUCUGUGCUGCUUGGCUUGGGACUUCUCCUCCAUUCCCAGAUAUGGAGAAGACAUCAGAGCAUGGACAAAUCAAUCUUGUUUGCAAUGAAGGGUCUGUUGCCCUGUUCUACACUGUACUAGGCUACAUUGGUUUUUUAGCAAUGGUCAGCUUCACUGUGGCUUUCUUGGCCAGGAAGUUGCCUGAUGCUUUUAAUGAAACCAAAUUUAUCACCUUCAGCAUGUUAGUGUUUUGUUGUGUCUGGUUGUCCUUUGUGCCAGCUUAUUUGAGCAAUAGUGGGAAGUCCAUGGUGGCCGUGGAGAUCUUCUCCAUCUUGGCUUCUAGCACGGCUUUACUUGGUUUAAUCUUUUCCCCCAAAUGCUACAUUAUUGUGCUAAGACCACAGACGAACAGUAAAGUGCAUUUACUUCGGAAUGCCAGUGCUCGAGCCAAACAAUUGUAA